UGAAAACGUGUCAGAGUGAGAACUCUCUCCAGGUCUAUCUUCCUCUCUUUGGUGGUAGUGAAGCGCAUGCGCAGAGCCGCCACCCACAGCUGUGAGACCGGAAGCAGUGAGUGAGUCAUCUGUAGAGGAGAGGAUCUGUGAGCGCCUCCAUCAGUCCGCGGAGCGUUCAGCCAUUUUACCCGCUGCUCCACCUGCUCCACCUGCUCCACCUGAACCGGCUCAGUCCGGACCGGCUGGACCCGGGUCAGACUGCCUCCCUCCACGCACCACGUGACCGCAGGUGAUGCGGACCGCAGGUGGACUCAGAACCAACAACGCGCCGAAGAAGCUGGCGGCUGAGCCCGACUACACCGACGUGUCUCUGACGGCGGCGGAGCGCGUGCGUGCGCUGAUGAAGAUGGGCUGCAGCGUGGAGAUCAACGAGGACGUCGCUCCCAGACGCUACUUCCGCUCCGGCGUGGAGAUGGAGCGCAUGGCGGCGGUUUACCUGGAGGAGGGCAGUCUGGAGAACGCCUACGUCCUCUACACCAAGUUCAUCACUCUGUUUGUAGAGAAACUUCCCACUCACAGAGAUUAUCAGCAGUGCAGCGUCCCGGAGAAGCAGCUCAUCAUGAAGAAACUUCAGGAAGUGGCGUUUCCACGUAAAGACGAGCUGAAGAAGCGUCUCCAGGAGAAAUACAGCAGGGAACACAGCGAGUACCUCAGAGCACAGAGCGCGGCGGCAGCAGUGGAGGUGGACCGCUGUGGCCAGCAGCUGCAGCAGCUCUCCCUGCUGGGCGAGGAGCGGAGGAGGUGCCUGCUGCUGGAGGAGGAGCGGAGGAGGUGCCUCCUGCUGGAGGAGGAGCGCCAGCGCGUGGCCGCCCUGCGCCGCAUGCAGAUCGAAUCCGAACAGUUUCGCUACUUCGAGGACCAGCUGAGGCGCCAGGACCUGGCCAAUAGGAGAGGAGAGGAGGCGGAGCUAAAGAUGCAGACCAAAGUGCCUGAGGUGACAGACGGCUCCUGUUUGUCUCAGCAGCCAAUCAGAGACAGUGUACGCUCCCAGGAGGCGGAUCCUAACAGGAACCGACCACCAGCUCCCGUCAGCCAACCAGCCGCCACCCUGGCUGGAGUACACACUCAGAGGGUGGAGGGUUUGCGGCGGGUGGUGAUUCCCAGAGAUCUGACCUACCGCUUCCUCCUGCUCGCUGACUCCAACACCGCUAGAGGCAUCGAGACCUGCGGCGUCCUCUGUGGACGGCUGACACACAACGAGUUCAUGCUGACUCACGUGGUCAUCCCCAAACAGUCGGCCGGUCCGGAUUUCUGCGACAUGGAGAACGUGGAGGAACUGUUCAGCUUCCAGGACCAGCAGAACCUGCUGACACUCGGCUGGAUUCAUACUCAUCCAACUCAGACGGCGUUCCUCUCCAGUGUCGACCUCCACACUCACUGUUCCUAUCAGCUGAUGCUGCCGGAAGCUAUCGCCAUCGUCUGCGCUCCCAAACACAACGACACCGGUGUGUUCAGGUUGAGCAGUCCCGGGAUGACGGAGGUUUCUGGCUGCAGACUGAAAGGUUUCCAUCCUCACUGCAAGGAGCCGCCACUCUUCGCUGUGUGUAAACACGUGGUGGUGAGGGAGUCAAAGGUCAUCCUGUUGGACCUCAGGUGACAGACAGGAGGCGCUGUUUGUCUUUUUUGAAGAGGAAACUGUGAACACAUUGCCUCUGUGUGUGUGUGUGUGUGUGUGUGUGUGUGUGUGUGUUUGUAAGCUCUGAAGCGUUUGUGUGCUUUAUAAACCAGCUGCUGGCUGUAAAUAGAUAUAAAUCUCUAUUUUCUGCAGUGAAACGUGAUGUUUGUGAGACAGUUGAAGUGACAGAGUGCCUUCUGAUAAACAACAAACAACAACAUCUGCUCUUAUAAUUACACAUUUAUAUUUUUGGUUUUCCAUUAAAUCUGUUAUUUGUUUAAGUUGAUGGUUUCAGCCAAUCAGAUCGUGUAUAAAGCAAUGAUGUCAGCAUUCCAUCACACCGAGCCAAUCAGCAGCUACACACGCGCUCAUUCACUCAUUCUGACUUUAUUUUAAAAACUAAAUGUGAAUUGAUGAAAUAACUUCUUGGUUUUAUGGAGUGAAAUAAAUGUACAGAGGUUUAUUCUGCAGCGCCUCCUACAGGCAGGAGGACAGUGUUCAGUCUGUGCACCAGCAGAUGUUCAGUGUUCAGGUGUGUGUGUGUAUGUGUGUUUUAAAAAAUGCUGUUUUUUGGUAAUAAAAUUUUUGUCUG